GCGAUUGGACUGCGAGCGUCUGUCCGACACUUUCUGUGGAAUUUGAAUUAUUUCGGCACUGCACGGUCCGUGGUUCACAGGCUGACGGCUUUACCGGGACAUCCUCUGGGUCUCAGCAGGGAGCUCAGCGAUGAAUAAGCUACGGCAGAGCUUCCGCCGGAAGAAAGAUGUCUACGUGCCGGAGUCGAGUCGGCCGCACCAGUGGCAGACAGAUGAGGAGGCGGUCCGCAGCGGCAAAUGUAGCUUUGCAGUCAAGUACCUGGGACAUGUGGAGGUGGAGGAGUCCCGAGGCAUGCACAUCUGCGAGGAUGCAGUGAAGCGGCUGAAGACGGACAGGAAAUUCUUCAAAGGAUUCUUUGCAAAAGCUGGGAAGAAGCCAGUCCGUGCUGUGUUGUGGGUGUCAGCAGAUGGUCUUCGUGUUGUAGACGACAAAACAAAGGACCUGAUUCUGGACCAGACAAUAGAAAAGGUGUCGUUCUGCGCUCCGGACCGUAACUUUGAGAGAGCGUUCUCUUACAUCUGCAGGGACGGCACCACGCGACGCUGGAUCUGCCAUUGUUUUAUGGCCAUUAAAGACUCAGGGGAGCGUCUCAGUCAUGCUGUCGGUUGUGCAUUCGCCGCCUGUCUGGAGCGAAAACAGAAACGGGAGAAGGAGUGCGGGGUCACGGCAACCUUUGACGCCAACAGAACCACUUUCACUCGUGAGGGCUCCUUUCGUGUUACCACGGCAACAGAGGCAGCAGAGCGGGAGGAAGUCAUGAGGCAGCUACAGGAUGCUAAAAACGUGGAGACAGAUGUAAAGGUUGCUGGAAACUCGGCCACCAGUGUGACGAACUCUUCCACACACCCGACGGGCGGAUCGCCAUCCCCCUCGUCCUCUCCGCCUCUCUCCAUGUCCAACCUGGGACCCCAGGUGAUACCACGCAGACAUGCACCUGCGGAGGUUCUCGCCAGGCAGGGCUCCUUCAGGGGCUUCCCGGCCCUCAGUCAGAAGACGUCUCCCUUCAAACGACAGAUGUCACUGCGCAUGAAUGAGCUGCCCUCCACCAUGCAGCGCAAAUCAGACUUCCCUAUGAAGAAUACAGUCCCUGAGGUAGAAGGAGAAAGUGACAGCAUCAGCUCGCUGUGCACUCAGAUCACCUCAGCGUUCAGCGGCCCCCCAGAGGACCCCUUUUCCUCAGCGCCAAUGCCCAAACCAGCCUCAUCCCCACAGUCUCCGGUAGCACCAGUGAACGGCACAGCGCCCGCCUUCUCUGUUGCUGCUGUUGCUGCUGCUGCUGCUGCUGCUAACCCCCCAGUUCUGCCCCCCGCCCUGCCUGCUCGAGACACUAACCCCUGGGCUAAGACCCCAGCUGGGGCCCCGGCCUCGGCACAGCCAGGAAGUAACUGGUCAUCCCCGACUCCGGUGAUAGUGGUCCCUCCCACAUCCUCCCCGCCCACGGCCUCCCACAAACGCACACCAUCAGAAGCAGACCGGUGGUUAGAAGAAGUCACCAAGUCUGUUCGAGGGGCGCAGCCUAAUCCGAUAAUAGGAGCGGUCACGCCUCCCACCCAGCCGUUCCCCGCCCCUGUGCCGAUACCCGUGGCGUCUGUUCCCUCUGUUCCCCCGGUGGCCUUCAUGUCCUCUCUGCCCUCCGCCGUGCCCAUGUUGCCGCCUCGCCAGCCUGCCUUCCACGCUCAGGCUCCAGCCUCCUUCCCGAUGCCCAACGGGCUGCCGUUCCCGCAGCCCAGCGUGCCUGUGGUCGGCAUCACUCCCUCACAGAUGGUGGCUAAUGUGUUUGGCUCGGCCACGCAACCCCAGCCGUUCCCCGUCCCGGCCUCCACGACGCCCCAGCACGAUCACCAGGCCGUCGGCAACAUCAGCCCGUUCAUCAAACCCCCACAAUCCACCGCAGUGACCGCCGCCCCCCUGCAGCCAUCCAACGGCAGUGUGACCUUUAACGGAGCAGACAGCUGGGCCGCUCCGUCCCAACUCGCCCCAUCCUCCCCGGCCACCCAGCCGCCGCCACAGCCGCAGGAAGAUGCCUUUGAGGCCCAGUGGGCAGCCUUGGAGAGCCGCUCUCGCCAGCGCACCACACCCUCCCCGACAAAUCCCUUCUCCACGGAGCUGCACAAGACCUUUGAGAUCCAGCUCUGAAAACUGAGAUUAGGACGUUCUGGACGAUAAGGAGGCUGUUUUGGUUGGAGGAGCAGAUGGAUGAUUGACUAAAAGAAGAGAGGGGAAUGUCCUCCUGCCUCUCUUCAUCUCGGGUUCAGUGGACAGACUCAGCAGGACCUGAAGACAGCAGAGAGCAUCGGGUGAAUCAACAGGGAGCAGAACUCUGCACAGCAGCAAGGGAGAAAAAACAAAGCAGGUCGCUGUUAACAAGGCGCAGCUCCCCGGGCAUUUCAUUAGCAUCGUCUGUAUUGUUUUGUUUGUGCUGUGCAGCGCAAGGUCGUCAUUACCCUGUGGAUAUCUGUACCGAGCCGCACCUGUCACCCCCCCCCACCACCCGCACAGGUGCGGCGGCUCCCGUCCCCAGCCCGCCUCUGCUCGGUCCAGCUCCCAGCGCUCCCUGUUGACAGGACGAGACCGCUCUCACCUGGCAGAGGAACCGCAGCACUGAGAGAACUCAGCUUUCACAUGAGAAGUUCUCACAAUAACUUCCCAAUCAGAAGAGUAAAGUGAGACAAUGCCAAAAUCUUUAUUUUUAUGCAUUAAGUAUAUUUUAAAUAGCUUUGGAAUCUAACAGAAGAGUUGUAAGUAAUCGUGCCAAAGGCACAGGCUAGCUACAAUGAGACGAGUUUAUGUUCGUGUAUACAAGAAAUGACCGUAUAUAUUAUACAUAAAUAUAUAUCUAUAAAGAAUCUAUACUGUACACACAGCUCACAGCAGUGCUAAUUUUUAAUGUGAUGUAAAGAGAUUUUGUGAAGGGACAGCUGCUUUACUUUUGUGGGUUUUUUUUGUUUUAUUUUUGAAGAAAAAUCUCUUUAUUGCCGUCUGUUGCAUCCUGUGAUUGGAUGUGAAACAUCUCACUGUAAAUAGGGUAUCAUUGCAGCAACAAUCAAUGUGGACCUAGCGAUGGUGGUGGUGCCCAACUGGUUGCCUCUCUUACCUGUGCUCAGUUUUUAAUAGUUUAGUACACAUCAGUACUUAACAUUUUACUUCAUCUGUCUUCACUGUCAUUCUGUUUUUUUGUGUGUGGUAAUGAUUUUUUUUAUUUAACACAGUAGGAUGUGUCAUCUCCUGUUUCUCCUCCUCUUACAUUAUUUUUUUAAGUAGUUGAUUUCUGAAUUUUUAUUUUGCACAAGCACUAAAGUAGAUGAUUUGACCUCACAGGUGAUCAACUUGGGUUUAGUCAGUUGUGGUGCUGCAGGAGGCGAGAAGCUGCACGCUGACCUGCCCCGACCUCCGUUAGCCUGCUGUGACGGUCUGACGGUCAGCAGAAAAACUACAGGGAGAUUAAAAAAACACGGUUUCAUCUCUCACUGUCUGAGUUCUCUCUGUCAUGUUUUUAUUUUUUUAAAUCAAACCUGUGAAUAUGAUCUAUUAUCUGAUCUAUUUUUCCAUUUUGUAAUUAUUUCAUUACUUUAUUCCACUUCUUUGGAGAAAUAUUGAAGCUAAAAGAUUGAAUAAAUUGAUGGUGGUAAAGGAA